GAAUCAUAACAAGUUCAUAAGCCAUUCAACAAAACAUAUUUGAGGUUGUUGGAGGAUAGGAUACGAUGUCGAUGGAGAAGGAAGCUUCAAGCUCCACACCUAAUCGCAAAUUAUCGUGCACUGCUCACUUCGAUGCUCUUUGGUUCUGCUACUGUAAUAAUACCCACUUCCCUAAAACCUAAAAAGCCCAUGUCUUUUCCAAUUGGGUCAUCCCAGUAACCAUAAAGUUUGUGCCUUUAUUGUGUGCAGCCCCGGUUCACCAAAUGCAGCAGUAUUACAGGCUUGGUGUUCUUGACAAUUGUUCCGAAAAAUGGAAAGCCAUGGUUGAUUGCUUAACGCUCAAGACCAAACCUGCAUCUCAUGUCCAGGAAGUUCUGGAAGCUCAAGAGAAAGCAAAGUUGAAAUCACACAUCUGGACUUUUCGGACACCAGAAGAAGCUUCUUAUCACUGGAAAAAACUUUAUGGUCAUUUAGACAAGCCUGAAUAGUGAAAAUCAAAUUGUGCAAAUUAAUAUUAUGUACUGCCUUCUGAUUUUGCCAAAAAUUAUGAUUAGAAAGGAAGAGACUAUUAGAGAGCAAAGAGUGUUCAUAUCAAAUUGAAGAUUCCAGAUAAUGAGAUUUUUAUUCUCUGUUUUUGUGCAGUCAUCGCUUUGAAGAUUGCAUCCAGAUGACUUGGCGUAUUGAGUUUCUAAUAAUAUUUUAAAAUUGUAUUGACUUUGUUUUCA